AUGGUGCACAACCAAGGGCUUCCUGCUGAGGCCCCAGAGACAAAUCCUGGAGCUGCCCAGGAGGGGUCAGAGUUGCAGAGAUCAAGGCAGUCGCCCCCUCAUCAGGGGGUCUCUGCCGGGAGCCCUGUUCCUGAGGAAACAGCAGAGGAGGGGGUCUCUGUCGGGAGCCCAGGUCCUGAGGACGCAGCGGAGGAGGUGGUCUCUGCCCCAGCUGGCCCCAGGGACCCAAGCCAGCAGCCUUCCACGGCCACAUCUGUCACAAGCCAUUCCUCCAACCGCAGCGUGGAACCCGUGGCCUUCAACCGCCUGUGCCCACAGCCGUCAUGUGAGCCCCCCAGCGCGGGCGUGAAAAGAAAGCGCUCGGCACGCGUCAGAGAGGCCGAGGGGGAGGAAGAAGAAAAGUCUCUUUUCUACAUGAAGGUCAAGGCCGUGAACGGCGUCUCGGUGGCUUGGGAGACCGGGGCCGGCUUUGAAGCCAUUAGGAAGCGGCCUCGCAUCUUUAAGGCCAAGUACAGCGGAGGAGAAAGCUUUGCCGGCUCGGACCUGAGCAGCUCCCACACCAAGUCCGAGCUGGAGGACGUGGACCAAGAGGCAGAGAGCGGCACCGGGGGGCCGGCAGAGGAGGCGCCGCAGCAGCCGACGGGAGUGCCCCCUGAGUGGCUCCUCACCAUCGAGCAGGGCGUGCGGUGCCUGGCCUGCUGCAGAGUCUUUCCCAGCCUGGAGGCCCUGACCCAGCAUGUGAAGCAGGGGCUGCGCGAAGGCUUCAGCUGCCGCGUCUACUACCGGGUGCUGAGGCAGAUCAGGGCAAGACAGAGGUUCCAGAGGAGAAGAGUCCUGGGCCGUUGGGAGUCGCAGAGAUCAAGGAAGUCGCUCCUUCACCAGGAGGUCUCUGCCGGGAGACCUGUUCCCGAGGACACAGUGGAGAAGGGGGUCUCUGCCGGGAGACCUGUUCCAGAGGACAGACCGGAGGAGGGGGUCUCUGCCGGGAGCCCUGUUCCUGAGGACACAGCAGAGGAGGGGGUCUCUGCCAGGAGACAUGUUCCUAAGGACACAGCGGAGGAGGGGGUCUCUGCCGGGAGACCUGUUCCAGAGGACAGACCGGAGGAGGGGGUCUCUGCCAGGAGACAUGUUCCUAAGGACACAGCCGAGGAGGGGGUCUCUGCCGGGAGACCUGUUCCAGAGGACAGACCGGAGGAGGGGGUCUCUGCCGGGAGCCCUGUUCCUGAGGACACAGCGGAGGAGGAGGUCUCUGCCACGAGACAUGUUCCUAAGGACACAGCGGAGGAGGAGGUCUCUGCCGGGAGCCCUGUUCCUGAGGACACAGCAGAGGAGGGGGUCUCUGCCGGGAGCCCUGUUCCUGAGGACACAGCGGAGGAGGAAGUCUCUGCCCCGGCUGGCCCCAGGGACCCAAACCAGCACCCCUCUGCGGUCAUAACAAUCUCCAGCCACUCCUCCACUCACGGCGUGGAACCCGUGGCUUCCAACCGCCUGUGCGCGCAGCGCCCGUGUGAGCCCCCCGGUGCAGGCAUGAAGAGAAAGCACUCAGCACGCGUCAGAGAGGCCGAGGGGGAGGGAGAAAAAAAGUCCCUUUUCUACAUGAAGGUCCAGGCCGUGAACGGCGUCUCGGUGGCCUGGGAGACCGGGGCCGGCUUUGAAGCCAUUAGGAAGCGGCCUCGCAUCUUUAAGGCCAAGUACAGCGGAGGAGAAAGCUUUGCCGGCUCGGACCUGAGCAGCUCCCACACCAAGUCCGAGCUGGGGGACGUGGACCAAGAGGCAGAGAGUGGCACCGGGGGGCCGGCAGAGGAGGUGCCGCAGCAGCCGACGGGAGUGCCCCCUGAGUGGCUCCUCACCAUCGAGCAGGGCGUGCGGUGCCUGGCCUGCUGCAGAGUCUUUCCCAGCCUGGAGGCCUUGACCCAGCAUGUGAAGCAGGGGCUGCGCGAAGGCUUCAGCUGCCGCGUCUACUACCGGGUGCUGAGGCAGAUCAGGGCAAGACAGAGGUUCCAGAGGAGAAGAGUCCUGGGCCGUUGGGGUAAGGAGCCUAAGCCAGGGGCCUUGGAGGUGGGCACAGCCAGGUGUUGCCCGGGAGCCGUGUCUCAGGCUGCUCCUGGUAACCAUGCCAGGGUGACAGAUGUCAGGGCUGGGGCAGCCGAAGGGGGCAGAGUGUCCAUCCCCCCAGGGCCAGGACAGCAUGGGCACCGACAGGAUGUUCUCUAGGGCUCUGUCCAACCUAGUUUC